GGAUUGUCAUUCCAAAGGUGAGAAGGAGGCAGAGAAAUACCUUCCAAGCCUUGUUGAAAAACAAGGCAUCGUGCUGUGGAUCAGAGAUGUCCAUUCCAGUCAUGUGUGGGGCAUGAAAUACAAGUACUGGGCAAAUAACAACAGUCGAAUGUAUGUCUUCGAAAGUGCAGGAAGCUUUAUUAAAACAAAUAGACUGGAGGUGGGAGAUUGCAUUUCUCUUUACGAGGAUGAUGGCAAGAAUUUUUACUUCUCCAUAGACAAGGCAGGUACAAAACCAAUACAUGUAGCUGAGUCCUCGCAUGAACAAAAGCACUAUGCUACCAACUCUAAAGACGAUGACGGUGACAGUAACAGCAAUAGCAUCACACAGAUUACCAACUCUGCCGAUAACCACAAGAAUACCAACACAACCACCUACACAAGCUAUUCCAGAAAUACAAAAUUGUACACACCAUAUACCUUCAAUGAAGAAGAUGAAUUGUAUCUAGCGGCACUGUUGGAAGAUGAAUCAGACAAGGUGGUGACAUUGUCUGCGGAUCCUGCUUUUUCACAGAGACGACUUGAGGAAGCUAAUAGCUCCAUCGACAAUGUCAUCAAUAGUCAAUCAGAAAGCUCUACUCAACCAGCUAUGGCAGGGAUUUGGGCCGCAUCAUCGUCCUCACAGAGCAUAGUGAAGAUGGUGGAGGAACACUUGGAUGAGAAUGAUGAUUUUUUAUCAUGA